AUGAACCAUGGACUCCGGCGCGGAACGCAGCACAUAGCAAAACAAUGCUGUCGACACGCUCUGUCGACGCAACGGCGAUAUGCCUCGGACAUUGUCAAGAAAGAAUGGUCGACGCCAUUAGCAAAGACAAUCGCUAAUGUGAUUAGGACAACAGGCCCCAUCUCAAUCGCGUCAUACAUGCGAGAACUCCUCACAAACCCCAGCGGAGGCUACUACACCACCGCCAGCUCUCAAAGCGGAUCGGAAAUAUUCGGCAAAAAGGGCGAUUUCAUCACUUCGCCGGAGAUCACACAGGUCUUUGGUGAGCUUGUCGGAUUAUGGGCGAUUACCGAGUGGAUGGCGCAGGGUCGACCGAAAAGCGGCGUUGAGUUCAUUGAAGUUGGGCCAGGGAAGGGAACACUGAUGGAUGAUAUAUUGCGAACACUUCGCAAUUUCAAGGCCUUUUCGUCUAGUAUCGAAGGAAUAUACUUGGUCGAAGCCAGUGCGGAAUUGCGCGAAACUCAGAAGAACUUGUUAUGCGGAUCUGAUGCUGUGCUCGAGGAGAUUGACAUCGGUCAUCAGGGUGUCAGUAAGCAUCUCGGUGUUCCUAUUACCUGGGUAGAGGACAUCCGACUACUAUCAUAUAGUGGGAAAACUCCGUUCAUUUUCGCGCAUGAAUUUUUCGAUGCUCUCCCAAUCCAUGCAUUUGAGUCUGUUGAGCCAGCACCCGACGCAGAAGCACAGCCCAUCAUGACCCCGACUGGGCCUAUCCACAUGAACAAAACAGCUGCACAGAGACAUGCUUCAACGCCUCAAUGGCGGGAGCUCAUGGUCGCGCUCAAUGCCAAAUCCGUUCUCGAAGACAAGAAAGACGAGCCGGAAUUCCAACUUGUUCGGGCAAAAGCCUCGAACGCGAGUUCGCUGGUCUAUCCUGAAGCGUCUGAACGAUACAAGUCAUUAAAAUCUCAGCCGGGAUCAGUUAUUGAAAUUAGCCCGGAGAGCAGACUUUACAUGAACGAUUUUGCGCGUCGCAUUGGAGGAUUCACAGUUGACCCAAAGAAAAAGAUGGUCUGGGCCAAAGUCACUGCCGAUAAACCACGGCCGCAGGGAGCUGCCCUGAUUCUGGACUACGGAACAUCUGCUACAGUGCCCAUGAAUUCGCUGCGCGGGAUUCGCCAACACGCCAAAGUCUCGCCAUUUUCGUUCCCAGGCCAGGCCGAUGUCAGCGCCGACGUCGACUUUACCAGCCUGGCCGAAGCCGCCAUCGAGGCCAGUGACGGCGUCGAGGUUCAUGGACCCGUCGACCAAGCCGAUUUCUUGCGGUCCAUGGGUAUUGCUGAGCGCGCCGAGCAGUUGCUCAAGGAUGUGAAAGAUGAAAACGAGCGUAAAGUUAUCGAGAGUGCGUGGAAACGGCUGGUUGAUCGAGGGCCCAACGGCAUGGGUAAGUUGUAUAAAGCUUUGGCGGUUGUUCCGGAAAACAACGGCCGGAGGAGGCCAGUUGGUUUUGGCGGUGGUGUUGUGUGA